GUUUUAAGGUCUGGUGGCUUCGAUGGAAACAUCACAGUGACCUAUCAGAUCCUGAACGGCACCAACGCCACAGCGGACGUGGAUUUUGCCAUCAACCCCGCGCCUAUGAUUUUCAUUGGCGACACCAACUCGGUUCAGUCCCAGAUGAUGAUUUUUAUGAAUAACAACGUCUGGGAACCGGAUAAGGUCAUCAAGCUGCGGCUGGUGGCGGAGCCUCCGGAGGCAUUGGAUGAGUCUCUGGCCACGUUGGAUGUUUGGAUCAGGGAUGAUGGCGAUGCGGGAAGAUUUUUGGUGCCUCACAUGACUUGGGUGUCGGAGACCUCUCUGGAGAGUGAAGCCAUCAGCUACAACAUCAGCAACGAAAGUUGUGCCACCUGGAUUAGCCGGGACGGCCUCAGCAGUGGUAUAGCAGGGCUGCAAGUCGAACUGCAGAACUGUGCUGUGGCAAUUCCAGAGGUCAGGGAUCAUGCCACGUAUGUGAAGGAUUUCCUGUACAACGAGCAAAGCGAGCCCUUGAUUUGGGAGGAUGGGGAGUCUGGCAGGAAGUGUGCAGUGGCUCUGCUCACACAAGAGGCGGUUGAAGCAAUCAUCUUUCAGGGCUUUAUCCCACCCACUGAUCGCAUCUGGAUAUGGAUCAAUGCCGAUGGGAAACUCGAACGAGACGAGGGGCUUUGCUUCGGCCUUACCGUGACCAAUGGCAGUGCGGCAGUGCAGGAGCAGAACUUCGCUGUGCUGCUCUAUGACUCUGGCUUGGAUGGUGGUGGACGAAUCCGAUGUGUCAGAGGUUUGGACUGCGUCAUGGACAUGUCAAACUCCAGUGCUUUGAUGUACCAGUAUGGUUUCGUUCAGCCAUCAGUGGAGGGUGCAAACUGCCUCCCCUGCGACGAGGCAUAUGGCUAUGGCGACAGCAGUGCCAACCUCAGCAGCGACAUGAUUUCGAGCUUCAACUUGACGGGUUCCGCUACCAAUCUCCUGGCAAAUCUGGGAAUGAGCCUCAAGGAGUUCACCCCAGGCACCUACUCCGUGUGCCUUUGCGGCAUCGGCAUCAACGGGCAGGUGGCCACCAUGACUUUGUCGGGGCCGCGCUUGCGCAACACGGGAUUUUGUGCGAUGAGUUGGCCGCAUUGCGCUUUAGAGUAUUGGGACGCAGUAAAUCCAGCCAUCGGGCACGAUCAUUUGCAAAUCAUGACAGACUGUGAUCGGCCCGAUUUGACACCCGAGGGCUUCCGUCUCGGUGGGAACACUGUGUUGGCACUGACUGGCUUCGCCAUGCGCAAUACCAGCGAAAUGCGCACGGCCGAGAAUGGAAUCUACGUCCUGUGCUACUGCUACGAGACAGCGACUCAGAAAUGCGAUCAGCUGGAGCAGUUCAAAGCCGGUGCAGGAACUUUCAUCUACAUUGGCCCCAACCGCUUGCCGCCUAUGACCUCGAUGUUGGGGCAAAGCUUUCAGGUGAGCAAUGUCUUUGGUACCAGACUCACUGAUGAAGACAAGGUGAUGCUACUGCCGCAAUGCGGGGUACCCCACGGUCAACCCUUUCUAGAUUCACUGAAUGCGACGUUUGAUUUCAACAACUCCAGGUUCAAUUUCGGCAUUCUCAGGGAAGAGGAUGGCUUCCUUGCGAUGGACUACCAGCUCUGUUGGUGUCAGCCCGCAGACGGUCGAUUUGGAGGUCCAGUCAUAGCCUGCGACGAGCCUCAACACUUUCUAGCACACAUUGGGACGGUGCGACUGAUCUGCUCCUUUCGCUACGUGGAUUUGGACGGCCACGGCCAUUGCCGCCAGUGCCCCCUGAUGAUCCAAACUGCUGGUGGGCCUCGUGGCGAGGAGUGCGUCAUCGCCGUGGAUUUGUUCGUGAUGGCCUUUUCGUGGCUCACGUUGAUGACUUUGUUCUUCCUGGCGAUUUUCAGCAGCUUCCGGUGCUCCAGGCAUGGCGUGAUGAAGCUACAUGGCAUGCCACGGAAGGUUGAGGACAUUUGCAAUGAGAGGGAUCAUCUCUUGAUCACCACCUGCGGUUUCCACAACCUGAUCAAGUUGAAACGGCAUCCCAUUCCCGUCUUCCUGCAGGGCACCGGCCAUUUCUUGUUGGAUUCGAAGCCUGAGAAGCCAAUUCAGCUCUACGUCAUGCCAGUGAACGAGCUGAUCCUGGAGGUUGUGGACAAAGAUGGCAAGCCUGUGAGCUUUCAAGCUGACUCCUCCAUGGGGCAGGUAGAGGUGCCAUUUUUCCGGACCUUGAUCCAUUCCGCGUUGCCCGAUUGCAGUCUGCCGCUGCUGCUGCAACUCAUCCUGCUGCUGGGCGGCUCCGUGGCCUUAGGCAUCUACUUGCUCCCGUCGCCCCAAGAACUAGCCAUCUAUGUCCUGCUGGCCAUCGUGCUGGCACUGCUGGGCCUGUUGAUUUGGAAGCAGUUGAUCCGCAACAGCACCUCUUUGAGUCGGCGGCUAAAGGCCUAUGCCGCCUAUCGCGCCAAGGAUGAUAAGAGGAAAACCAAGGAAGCCGCACGCGGGAAAGACCGAGGCAUCCGAGUGUGGAAGAUCUUGGACCUCUAUGAGCAUUUCAAUGCGCAUAUUCGGAACCGAAACAUGUACUACCUGGAACCAAACAUCGUUCGACCUCUAACUGCCGGGGUGAAGCUCUCGUUUUCUGAGCUGAUUGGUCCGGACCAGGUGGAGUGGUUCGUCAGUCAUUGGUGGGGCACUUCAGUUGCUACGUAUUGUAGCGCCCUGAAGCGACACGCCUAUGAAGUGAAGGUGAAGGAGUCUGGUGGCACCUCACGGGACACCUUCACAUCAGCCAUGGCCAAAGGGGAUCAGUCCUGGUCCAAUACGACCUAUUGGAUCUGCACUUUCUCCAACAAUCAGUACAAGAUUGCCGAAGAGUUGGGUGGCGGCGAACACACGGAGUCGUCCUUCUACAAAGCCCUGCACAGCGAUGGCUUGAAGGGAACUUGUAUGAUUCUGGAUGAGAUGACUAUGCCCUUGAUGCGGUCAUGGUGCCUCUUUGAGCUGCUUCAGACCAUCGAGCUUGAAGAGAAGUCGCAGAAGGAGAUGCGUCCCUUUGGCGGUCUCCUCUUCUGCACCUCAGUGGGGGUUCUGAACUACGGCAGCAGCACAGUCGAGAUGUCCAUGAAGAUCGGCGAGCGGCUGCUGACUCUGAGCCUCCGUGACGCGCAGGCCACCACCGACAAGGAUAAGCAGAUGAUCGCCGACCUGGUUCAGAGCAGUCGAGGUAGCUUUGAUGAGAUUGACACAACCUUGAGAGUUCACAUCCGGGACGCUUUAAAGGCAUGUCAUCAACAGGUGAACACGGACUUCACCUCUCUGUUUGGCAGAUUGCCACAUGACGACACACAGACUGAGACGACUUUAUAG